CCACGUGAUUCUGUAGCACCUUCCAUCAGCGUCCAUCAUGACAGCGAGGUGCAUCUCACCAGCAAGCCGAUUAACUAACUUCACACAAGCAACUGCCACACAAGCAACUGCCUCACAAGCCAACUCAAUCUCUCGCGGCAACGCCACGUUCUAUCUCAAAAACCACACACGGAUCACUGGCAACAAUGGCAACCUCACCCCUCCCAGCUUCAAUGCGUGCUCUCUUCCAACUCGACCCAAACACUCAACACCUAACCUUAGAAGCCUGCCCCCUCCCAGUCCCCGACCACUCCGCUAACGAGCACCUUAUCCGGGUGCACGCUGUCGCCCCAUGCGCUGGGGAAAUGCUCUGGCCCGAAAACGCCGAGAACCCGGACACCAAACGCAAGGAGCCGAUACCCUGCUAUGAUGUCGCCGGCACCGUAGUUACCGCUCCAGCAAACUCACCAUUCCAACCUGGCGCGGAGGUGUAUGCACGCACAGAGUUCGCCCGCACGGGUAUGGCACGGGAGUACACGAUUAUUACGACCGCGGAGCUGGGGCUACGACCGAGGAAUUUGGGGUGGGCGGAAAGCGCGGCGGUGGCACUGAGUGCAUUGACAGCAUGGCAGGCGCUGUUUGUGCAAGGUGGCUUGAAGGCAGAAAAGGGGGCGGCAAAGGGGAAGAGAGUCUUGGUGACGGCGGCGUCUGGGGGUGCGGGGUCUUGGAUCGUGCAGUUGGCAAGGUGGGCUGGGGCGGAGGUGGUUGGAACGUGCGGGCCAGAUAAUGUGGCGUUUGUCGAGUCGCUUGGAGUGAAUGUUGCGAUCAAUUAUCGCCAGGUGUCGCUGAAAGAUUGGGUGAGCGAUGUGGCGGGGAGGAAAUUUGAUCUUGUUGUGGAUUGUGUCGGUAGGAAGACGUUGGAGGAGGCUUGGUGGACUGUAAAGAGUGGAGGCACUCUCGUCAGUAUCCAUGAACCGCCUGAGGAGAAGAAGCCAAAAGAUUUGGAAGUUGAAGGCGUCAAGAACCUCUUCUUCAUUGUGGAGGCAAACGGCUCGCAGCUUAAAAAUAUCACUGAGCUGGUCGAAGCUGGCGUUUGUAAACCAGUGGUCGACAGCGUGUGGCCUCUUGAAAAGUUCGAGGAAGCUUUUGCCAGGCUGGAUGGAGGCCACGCGAGAGGAAAGGUAGUGAUUGACUUUGAAGUCGGCAAGUGAAAUGUGUCCAUUAUGGCACCAAGUUUCUUGAUCUCAGCAGUAGGUUCAUCAAAAUACGAGUAGGCUACUAUCUAUUGCCGUUAGAUCGAUUGCUGAAGAUUCUACAAUUCUAGUGCAUUGUAAGCCUCACGCUUCAAUGGAUAUUAUGUCAUUAACUCAAUACUAUAAUCCGUUCCAUGGUAUAUCUACAUCAAGCGCCGAGGCCACCCUCAUAGCAGAGAUCACACAGCCUUCCAGAAG